UUCAACUUGAACUUAGUCUAAAACCCUACCAUCAUAUAAAAUCCAAUCUCUUCUCUUUCGCUUCUCUGCGCUGCGGAAUUAGGGUUUUGACUGAAGCCGAAUUCACAGAGCGAAGAAGAAAUGGAAAAACUUGAGCAAGUGCAAUGUUUCGGUAGGAAGAAGAACGCUGUGGCCGUCACCUACUGCAAACGUGGCCGUGGAUUGAUCAAGAUCAAUGGAGCCCCGAUCGAGUUGGUUGAACCAGAGAUCCUCCGCUUCAAAGCCUUUGAACCAAUCCUCUUGUUAGGAAAGCACCGUUUUGCUGGAGUCGACAUGCGCAUCCGUGUGAACGGCGGAGGUCACACCGCUCAGAUUUACGCCAUCAGGCAGAGUAUUGCAAAGGCUUUGGUUGCUUAUUACCAGAAGUAUGUUGAUGAACAGAGCAAGAAGGAGAUCAAGGAUAUUCUGGUGAGGUAUGAUAGGACUUUGCUUGUUGCUGAUCCUAGGCGUUGUGAGCCUAAGAAGUUUGGUGGACGUGGUGCUCGUGCUAGGUUCCAGAAAUCUUACCGUUGAAGGUGUUUGUUGGGGAGAGGAAUGGAGAAAGAGGUGUCUUUUAUUUUUGCUUGUUUGUUUAAGAUUUUGGUUCAUGUUUUAUGCUGUGGAAACUUUUUAUGUUGUUUCGUAGUACUGUCGUUGAGAUUAUGAUUUGAAUUGUUUUUUAGGUUUGUAUGGGAUUUUUGAAGUAUCACAUAUAUCUAUGAAUCUAUAUUUUUGUUUUGAA